AUGAAGGUGAUUCUAACGAGGUUGGCUUCAGUGAAGGCAGGGCAUCACGACGAGGCAGUGACCCAACGUACUGCAACAGGCUCGGUUCUCCGUCUGCCAGGCUCGGGCGUUGGCCGAGCUCCUUUGCCUCCCCAUCUUUCCCCUCCUCCUUCCCUUCCCUCUUCCCUUCUGCCUUCCCCUCCCCCUCUCCCUUCCCUUCCCCCUCUCUCUCCCCUCCCUUCUCCUCCUCCCUCCCCACCUCUACCUACUCCUCUCAGUCCUCCUUUCCCUCCUGCCAGUCCUGCUUUAGCCGCCGAUGCUGCUGCUGCAGCAGGCUCCCCCUUUCGAGACGUCCUCUUACUUGCCUCAAAAGAAGCAGCUGCAGCUGUUGCUGUUGCUGUGCGUGUGAUUGUGCUGCCUGUUGUUGUGUCUGUUGCUGUGCCUGCAGCUGUGUCUGCUGCUCUGAUUCUUGCCCCUGUUGCCUCUGCCUCGCCUGCUCCUCCAGUUGUCUCAGAAGAAGCAGCUGCAGCUGUUGCUGUGCGUGCGAUUGUGCUGCAUGCUGUUGUGUCUGUUGCUGUGCCUGCUGCUGUGCCUGCUGUUCUGCUUCCUGCCCCUCGUGUCUCUGUCUUGCCUGCUCCUCCAGUUGUCUCAAAAGAAGCAGCUGCAGCUGUUGCUGUUGCUGUGAGAGUGAUUGUGCUGCCUGUUGCUCUGCCCGUUUUUGUUCCUGUUUCUGUGCCUGCUCCAGACCUGCUGCCUGCACCUCCUGCCGCUGCUUUUCUCGCUCCUCAAAACCCUGCUGCAGAAACAGUAGCUGCUGCUUCAUCAGCUGCUGCUGAAUCCCCAACCUCUGACUCUGCUCCUUCUGCAAUUCCUCCUUCUCCUGCUCAGCUUCCUGCCGAGCUCUCUGCAUCAGGGCUUGGUGCUGCUUCUGCUGCUGCUGCUGCUGCUGCUGCUGUUGUUGUUGUUGCUGCUGCUCCAGCCACUGAUUCUGCUGCUGAUGCUCCAGCCUUUGACUCUGCUCCUGCUGCGAUUGUUCCUUCUCCUUCUCAGCUUUCUGCCGAGCUCUCUGCAUCAAGGCUUGCUGCUGCAGCACCUCAUGCUGCCUAUGCUGCUGUUGCUGCUGCUCCUCCUCCUGCUGCUGCUGCUGCUGCUGCUUCUCAGCUUGCUGCUCGGCUUGCUCCUGAGCUCUCUGCAUCAGGGCUUGCUGCUGCUGCUGCUGCUGCUGCUUCUCAGCUUGCUCCUGAGCUCUCAGCAGCAAGGCUUCACCCUCCCAACCUGUCUCAUCCGUCCUCUCUUCAUCAUCUUUAG